AUGGCUCAACGAUUCAAAGCUUAUGAAAAUUCUAGAGAAAGUUCCAUACGUAUACUCGAUGGCAGAUUUGUCAAUGUUACUGAUGAGAUCGCAAGGAACGUUAACCAAACUGUGAUUGUUCGUGAAGUUGGCACAAAAGAUAGGCGUUUAACAGCUAUGAUGUUGAAGACACCCAAGGACAAUAUGGACACGGCUAAAUGGAAAAUUGACAAAGAAACUCUAAAAAUGGAUACUUCCACCACAACGAUGAUAAGUAAACUCCGAUUGCUUUUCAAAGCUUCUUCACUUCUUACUGAUGAUAUAGAGGAAAUAUUCAUCAGCGGAGCAGUCGAACGAAAAGCUUCCGCAAACGUGCUUGUUAUAGGUCUUGGGGGAGGUUAUAUGAGCUCUUAUCUCCAUCACAAUUACCCAAAGCUAGACAUAACAAGUCUCGAAAUUGACGUUCAAAUGUUGAACAUUUCAAUAGAAUGGUUUGACUUGAAAAUGGAUGAGAUGCACUGGGUAAUUAUCAUUGAUGGUGUAAACUUUGUACAGCACGCUGUCCAAGAU